GUUCUUGUUUCCAAACCAUUCAUACUAUGCUUUGGCAAGAAAAGAAAAAAAGAGAACUCGUCAGUGUUUGCCUUUACAAUCCCCAGCCACAGAACACAGAGACCUCAGAUCUACAAGACACCAGACCUCACACUGUGAAACAGAAAGCAAAUAAAAAGAAUCUUUAUUUUAAAAGCAUUUGAUCCACCAAGAACAGGGCAACUGGAUUGUUCAGCCAGUUUUACAGAAUGAGGAUCAGUUUAAAGAAUGAAGAAGCCAAUAUUGGGAAUAUUUUUGAACGGUCCAUUUGGAAAUAAUAUUAUCUAUUGAGCUAUAGAAGGGUGGAAAGCUUUUAUUCAGAACAAUGAAUUUCAUUAAGGAGAACAGUCAAGCCCUCAUUCAAAGAAUGGGAAUGACAGUUAUCAAGCAAGUUGUGGACGAGCUCUUUGUGUGGAAUGUUCUGAAUUUUGAAGAAGUAAACAUCAUUUGCUGCGAGAAGGUUGAGCAGGAUGCUGCCAGAGGGAUCAUUCACAUGAUUUUGAAGAAGGGUUCCGAAGCCUGUAACCUCUUUCUUAAAUCCCUUGAAAAGUGGGACUAUCCUCUGUUUCAGGACUUGAAUGGACAAAGCCUUUUUCAUCAGAUGUCAGAUGGAGACUUAAAUGAUUUGGCUCAAGAUUUAAAAGAUUUAUACCAUUCCCCAUAUUUUCUGAACUUCUAUCCCCUGGGUGAAGAUAUUGACAUUAUCUUUAAUUUGAAAAGCACCUUCACGGAACCCGUUCUCUGGAGGAAGGACCAGCGCCAUCACCGUCUGGACCAGCUGACCUUGAGUGGCCUGCUGGACACUCUUCAGAGCCCCUGCAUCAUCGAAGGGGAAUCGGGCAAAGGGAAGACCACCCUGCUGCAGCGAAUCGCCAUGCUCUGGGCCUCGGGGAAGUGUGGGGCCCUGACCAAGUUCAAAUUAGUCUUCUUUCUCCGCCUGAGCCGGGCCCACGGUGGACUCUUUGAAACCUUGUGUGACCAACUCCUGGAUGUACCCGACGCGAUCAGAAAGCAGACUUUCAUGGCCAUGCUGCUGAAGCUCCGGCAGAGGGUCCUUUUCCUCCUGGAUGGCUACAACGAGUUCAAGGCCCAGAACUGCCCGGAAAUCGAAGCCCUGAUAAAGGAAAACCACCGCUUCAAGAAUAUGGUCGUGGUCACCACCACCACCGAGAGCCUGAAGCACAUCAGGCAGGUCGGGGCCCUGACCGCCGAGGUGGGGGAUAUGACGGAGGAGAGUGCACAGGCUCUCAUCCGGGAAGUGCUGCUCAGGGAGCAUGCAGAGAGCUUGGUGCUGCAAAUUCAGAAGUCCAGGUGCCUGCGGAAUCUGAUGAAGACCCCACUCUUUGUGGUCAUCACUUGUGCAAUCCAGAUGGGGGAAAGUGAGUUCCACUCCCACACACAGACAACGCUGUUCUGUACCUUCUAUGACCUGCUGAUACAGAAAAACAAGCACAAACAUAAAGGGGUGGCUGCUGGCGACCUCACUCAGAGCCUGGACCACUGCGGAGACCUGGCUCUGGAGGGCGUGUUCAACCACAGGUUUGAUUUCGAACCAAAGGACGUGUGCAGUGUGAACGAGGAUGUCCUCCUGACAACCGGCCUCCUCUGCAAAUACACGGCUCAGCGGUUCCAGCCAAAGUAUAAAUUCUUCCAUCAGUCGUUCCAGGAGUACGUAGCAGGCCGCCGACUCAGCAGCUUAUUGGCAUCUCGGGAACCAGAGGAGGUGACCAAGGGGAACGGUCAUCUGCAGAAAAUGGUUUCCAUUUCAGAUAUUACAUCCAAGUACAGCAACCUGCUCCUGUACACGUGCGGAUCGUCUACCAAAGCCGCCCGGACUGUCCUGAGACACCUGGCAGCCGUGUGUCGACAUGGCAGCCUCCCCAGCUUCGCCAUCACCAGGAGGCCUCUCUGGAGACAGGAAUCUAUGCAAAAUGUGAAAAGCAGUACUGUGCAAGAAAUUUUGAAAGCCAUAAACACCAGUUCCUUUACAGAGUGUGGCAUCAAUUUAUUUCAUGAGAGUAUAUCCAAGGCGGACCUGAGUGAAGAAUUUGAAGCUUUCUUUCGUGGUAAAAGCUUAUAUAUCAACUCAGAGAACAUCCCUGAUUACUUAUUUGACUUCUUUGAGCACUUGCCUAAUUGUGCAAGUGCUCUGGACUUCAUCAAACUGGACUUCUACGGGGGAGCCACAGCUUCGUGGGACAAGCCCACAGAGGGCACAAGCAAGACCCACAAGGAAGAGUCCUCUGGAACCUACAUUCCCAGCAGGGCUGUGUCUUUGUUCUUCAACUGGAAGCAGGAGUUCAAGGCUCUGGAGGUCACACUCCGGGAUUUCAGCAAGUUGAAUAAGCAAGAUAUCAAAUAUCUGGGGAAGAUAUUCAGCUCUGCUACAAGCCUCCGGCUGUCCAUUAAGAGGUGUGCUGGUGUGGCUGGAAGCCUCAGUUUGGUCCUCAGCACCUGUAAGCACAUUCAUUCCCUCGUGGUGGAAGCCAGUCCCCUCACCGUAGAGGACGAGCAGCACAUCACAUCCGUGGCAAACCUGAAAACCUUGAGUAUUCACAACCUACAGACUCAACGGCUGCCAGGUGGUCUGACUGACAGCUUGGGUAAUUUGAAGAAUCUUAUGAAGCUGAUGCUGGAUAACAUUAAGAUGAAUGAGGAAGAUGCAAUAAAACUAGCUGAAGGUCUGACAAACCUGAAGAAUAUGUGUUUACUUCGAUUGACCCACUUGUCUGACAUUGGGGAGGGAAUGGAUUAUAUAGCAAAGUCUUUGUCAGCCAAACCCUGUGACCUUGAAGAAAUCCAAUUAGUCUCCUGCUGCCUGACCGGAACGGCUGUGAAAACCCUAGCUCAGAAUCUUCACAAUUUGGCCAAACUGAGCAUUCUUGAUUUAUCUGAGAAUCACCUGGAAGAGGAUGGAAAUGAAGCUCUCCGUGAACUGAUUGACAGGCUGCACGUGUUGGAACAACUCACUGUGCUGAUGCUGCCCUGGUGCAAUGAUGUGCGCAUCAGUCUGACCAGGCUGCUGGAGCAACUGGAGGGGGCCCCACAGCUCGUCAAACUUGGGCUGAAGAACUGGAGGCUCACCGAUGCAGAGAUUGGAAUUCUAGGUGCAUUUUUUGAAAAGAACCCUCUGAAAAACUUCCAGCAGCUGGAUUUGGCAGGAAAUUGUGUGAGCAGUGAUGGAUGGCUUACCUUCAUGGGUGUAUUUGAAAAUCUUAAGCAAUUAAUGUUUUUUGACUUCAGUACUCAAAUAUUUCUACCCGAUGCAGCAUUAGUCAGAAAAUUUGGCCAUGUGUUAUCAAAGUUAACUUUUUUGCAAGAAGCUAGGCUUGUUGGGUGGCAAUUUGAUGAUGAUGAUGUCAGUGUUAUUAAAGGUGCCUUUAACCUAGUAACUGCUUAAAUAAAGGGCAAGUUGAGCCCAUGAAUGCUCUGGGAACUCCAUUACUUCCCACCUGGUGAUUUAAAAAUCUUUGCUCGUAUAGUCCAAGGGUCGGAAAGUAUACGGCAAUUUAUUGUCCACCUACAAAUUAUCCUUAUCAACAGUGUCUGCCCAACUCGCCCCUUCUAAACUGCCUCUUCCUUUACUGAUAUCAGGAUGAUGUGUGGCACCAUGACUUCCUUAGCUGGCCUCUUGCAUGGAAAGCUUUCUUAUUUGCACCAUUCAGGAAAAAUAAAAAGAGGAUGCCAGGCAAAUGAGACCAAAGAAGGGGGGAAGUGGGAGGGAGUUUACUGAUGACAUGUGCUAUAGUUCUGUGUUGCAUGAUUCCUAAUAGGAUUAUCAGAUACUUGAAGGGGACUCUUCUUCAUCCCAGGUCCCCUUGGUCUCAAGAAUAGCAGGUCAUAUAUGCAUACCCAUGGACACAGACAAUAGUGUGAAGACCUGGGGCUGGGGGUGGGCUAGAAUGGGU